AUGGGGAUAUUUUGGUCUUUUUACUUUUGUCGCUCAUUUGGUGGUACACUUAUCAUAAUCUACAGUCCAUACAUACUUCAUGUCUCAACCAAAGCUGUUAUUCAACAAUUAGAUGAUGAUCCUUCUCCUGAACUCAUUAGGAUUUGGCCUAAGAAGAAGGAAGUUGGUUCUUGUUGCAAGAAAUUGGACAUGAAUGUCCUACCUGAACAGUCAUAUGUUCAGAAGCAGGUAGAAGAUGGGUUGUAUGAUUAUUCCAUGUCCCUAGUUCCUUUUGAGCAUUCUCAAGUAACUGAAUGUUGUAUGGCAUACAUAGAACAUGAGGUUAAUGAUUUGUAUGUCCCUAUAGAAAAAGAAGUUGAUGCUAUGGAUGAUGUUAGAGUUGAUUUUAGUUGCCUUGAUCAAAGAGAGAAUCUAUAUGAUUUUAAUUCUUUAAGUGAUAAUGGAUAUAAAAAUAUGGGUGAGUAUGAAGAAGAGGUUGCAGAAGAUGAAGAAGACGGUCAACAAGAAGAGGAAGAAGAUGAAAAACAAGAGGAUGGAACAAAAGAAGAAACAUAUGAGGAUGAUGGUGACUACAUUGUACACCCCAAAGUACUUUUCGAUGAUUUGGGAUGUAGAUAUAAGAUUUAUAGGUUUACUAAAGAGGAGCCUCGGUUGGUGAAAAUAGUCAUUGAUGAGCAUUUAUGCUUACAAGCAAGAAAAAUGAAGGCAUAUACAUCCAGAUUCUUAGCCACCAUAAUUAUCCAUAAGGUGAAUUCCAACCCUAGAAUCCUAAUUUCAGCCCUUCACGAGGAACUUCAUAUGGAAUUGGAAUUAAGCUUGUCUAAAAUGAAGGUGUUCAGAGCUAAAUCCAUUGCAAAGGAUCAGUUAUAUGGUGACUUUGAAAAGCAAUACAAUUUUUUUAAAGAUUAUUGUUUGGAGUUACAUACCGACAACCGAGGAACAACAGUGAAGUUAGAAGUGUGUCGUAAACCAAAUCCUCAAGUUCAAACUCAAAUAUUCAAUAGAUUAUAUAUUUGUCUUAGAGCACUUAAUUUGGGGUUCAAAGUUGGACAAAGGGAAUUACUAGGACUAAAUGGGCGACUUUUGAAAGGAGCAUUUCCAGGGAAAAUGCUAAUAGUUGUGGGUCUUGAUUCCAACAAUGGAAUCUACCUAAUAGCUUAUGUUGUUGUAGAAGUUGAGUCACAAGAUUCAUGGACUUGGUUCUUGAAGUGCCUUAGUGAUGAUUUGGAGUUGGAUGCAUCAUGUAACUUCACUUUUUAUUUAACAGACAAAAGGUUGGAAGGCCUAAGAAAAAGAGGAGGAGGGCUAUAG